AAAUAUAUGUUAAUUUGGCUAAAAACAUGCAGUAAAAUCAGUUUCCAAAGUACUUAAAUAACUCUGGGGUAGAAAAAAGUUUAGCCUCUUCUACUAAAACCUUAAAAAGUACAAAAUUAAAAUAAAAAACAGUACUCUCUGUAAAGUGAAAGAAAAAAACAACAACAUAUUGGAAAAUCGAUUUGACAACCAUGCUAAACAUCUUUAUUACAUAUAAUCUAUGGAAAAUAUCUUUUUAGGAAUUUAUCGAGUUGUAUUUGCUGUGAAAAAAAGUAUUGUCGUUAUUCAUGAACAUUUUUUUUUUUUUUAAGAUUUUGUGUUGUUAAAACAUUUGUGGUUAAAACUUUCCUUAAAGUGUUUGUUACACAUUUACUUUUGGGAAUAAAAUAUAUUUGCUGUUUUGUGCAAUAAACAUAUAAUUGUUAAAAUAAAUGUCUGGCGUGUCAGAUCCGUUAAAACGCCAACCCGCUGUGAAGCGUAUGGAUGAAAACGAUACCAUUCCUUGGAGUCAGCAGGUUGAUGAAGAUAUCUGUGAGGGCUCGUCAUACACCACGGAAAAUAGACCUGAAACUAAAAAUGAGCAUCGUCAACCAAAGGACUAUAUGAGGAGUAAUGACAACUAUAGUGCAGAAAAACUAAACCCGCUAAACGUGUUAUAUAACUCUAAAAAAGAUAAUAUCUCCAGAAUGUCGUCGGAAGAAACUCAAAAGGCAUAUUUCGAUGACUCAUGUGGAAGAGGGCAUGAAGCUCAUAAAAAGGGAGAUGACUUAAAUCAGAACAAAAAGAAAAUAACAUGGGCUUCCAUAGCUUCCCAACCAGCUAAACCAAACAAGGUAUGUAACGUGAGAAAUAAUAUAGCGUUGAAGAAGAAAGGACCUGGUAUGCCACCUCCUCCAAUGAUUCCUGGCAAGCAUGCACUAAACGUCAACCCUUGGGAUUUGGCAGUAAAUUCAUUUUCUACUGAAACAAGUGGAAAUAUACCUAAUUUCAUUCCAACAAAUGAAACUAUAUCAGAAGAUGAUUUGUCGACAAAAUGGAAAAUUCAAAACUCAGAACAACCACAGCAACAACAACAACAUCAUCAACAACAACAACAACAUCAACAUCAACAACACCAACCACAACAACAACAACACCAACCACAACAACAACAACAACAUCAACACCAACAACAUCAACCACAACACCAACAACAACAUUCAGAUUUUAGUCGAAAAAAACCAAAUAAUUAUUAUAACAAGCCAGUUAAAAACGCAAAAUCAUAUAGCAGCUCAGUUGAAAUUGUGCUUGAUCGAAGUAUAGUCCCCAAACAGCAUGAAGAAAAAAUUCAAAAUAUAAGACAAAUAAAUGUUAGCAACAAUUACAAUUCCCAAGAAUCUUAUUUAAAUGAAUCUUGUGGAAAAAGUUCUGGGGCCAACUCAAGUAUGUACUCAAAAUCAUCUGAAUGUUCACAGCCCAAUACUACUGAUUGUAGUGAAAUAGUUUUGAAGCAACUUAAGGAUAGAAACAACUAUAAUCCUAUGGAAAUGGAUAUGCAAAAUGCUAAUUUAUCAAGAUACUUUGUUAUAAAAUCGUACUCUGAAGAUGAUAUUCAUCGAAGCAUCAAAUACGAAAUAUGGUGCUCUACAGAUCAUGGAAAUAAAAAACUUGAUGAUGCUUUUAAAGAGAGAAUGAAAGAAGGUGGACAUGUUAUGUUAUUUUUUUCAGUUAAUGGUUCUGGUCAUUUUUGUGGAAUGGCUCAAAUGAUGACUCCAGUCGAUUACGAAUCAACAGCCAGUGUUUGGUCACAGGACAAAUGGAAAGGAAAAUUUAAAGUUAAAUGGAUUUAUGUCAAAGAUGUACCCAAUAGCCAGUUGCGUCACAUUCGAUUGGAAAACAAUGAGAAUAAAUCUGUUACUAAUUCACGAGACACACAAGAAAUUCCACUAAGUCAAGGUUUACAAAUGCUUAAAAUUUUGCAUUUAUAUAAACAUUUGACUUCUAUAUUUGACGACUUUUAUCAUUAUGAAAAGAAGCAAGAAGAAUCUGUUUCAAAAAAACCAACACAUUUUGAUAACCAUGUUCAUUCGUUGUCUUCCGCCAAUAUGUGUCAUGGUGACAAUAAUAAGGAGCUCAACAAUGAAUGGCUGCCCCCCGGAAAUAUGAAAGAAAGAGCAAUUUUUCAUCGGGGUGAGCAUUCAAAUGCAAUGCGAAAUCGAAGGAAUGGAGGCAAACCUAUGAUGGAACAUAAGAGAAAUAUAGAUGCACAAGAUAAACCCACAGUUUAUAUAAAUCAUGAUAAACCAGACAACGAAGACCAUAAACAACAUGCUCUUGAUAAACAUUCAAAUCCAAGUAUAGAAAAUUCUGGUAGUAAAUUUAACUACAAAGAAAUUGUUUUGCAUGUAAACAGUUUCAAUUGCAAUGAUAACAGCACUGUAAGAGAGAAUAUUCACACGAAAUAAAUAAUUAAGCUAAUUACUUACAUUAUUGCAUACUGUCCUUCUAGUUUACCAUCACAUUACACUAUAUAUCUUUUUCUAUAGCUAAUGGAAUAAAUAAGAAAGAUAAGUUUUUAAACCAUAUACAAGAUUAUGAUUUUUUAAUAAACAACGAUUCAUAAUAAA